AUGGCUCCCAAGAUCGAGGCGCAAGAAAUCGAAACCUAUUGGAACAUCUUUUCCGCCCGGACAGGCGGCGGCAAGUUCCUUACAGGAGAGCAGGCCGCCCCCGUGCUCAAGAACAGUGGCCUCCGAGAUGAUCAGCUGGAGCGAGUAUGGGACCUGGCAGAUGUGGACAAUGAUGGAAACCUCGACUUUGAAGAGUUCUGCGUCGCCAUGCGCGUCAUCUUUGACAUCCUGAACGGGGAAUACGCAGACGUUCCAACCUCCCUGCCCGAUUGGCUCGUCCCAGAGUCCAAGGCCCAUCUGGUGCAAGCGACCCGGGCCAUCACUGGCAAGCAAGUGCAGUUCGAGCAAGUUGAGGAUGAAACAGAAGACCUCGGCCUCAAGGACGGCUUCGAGUGGUACAUGAAGCCCGAGGACAAGUCCAAGUACGAGCAGAUUUACCAGGAGAGCCGGGACAUGCGCGGCGAGAUUGCUUUCAACUCUCUCAGCGAUCUCUACGAGUCCCUUGACGUUCCCGAUACCGACAUUAGAUCCGCAUGGAACUUGGUCAACCCAUCUGCGCAAUCGACCAUUAACAAAGACGCCGCCCUCGCCUUCCUACAUAUUCUCAAUUACCGACACGAGGGUUUCCGAAUCCCGCGCACCGUCCCUGCCUCUCUCCGCUCCAGUUUUGAGCGCAACCAGAUCGACUACCAAGUUGACAACCAGCGAACCGGCGCCAACUCACGAUGGGCUACCAAGGCCGACGACUCGACCACCACCGGGCGCAAGGCCAAGUUUGGCGACCAAUACCUCACGCGCCUAGGCCGCAGCGGUUUCAAGACCGCUGGCACAGAUUUCUCGACGGAGAAGACGGAAGAUUGGGAAGAGGUGCGACUGAAGCGCAAGCUACAGGACCUGGAGGAGAAGAUGAAGAAGGUUGAGGAGAUUGCCGAGCGCCGGAAAGGCGGCAAGCGUGACUCAAAGCCCGCACUGGUCAAGAAGGAACUUGACCAGCUACUUGAAUAUAAGCGCAGGGAGUUGAGGGAGCUAGAAGAGGGGACGGGCAAGAGUGCGGUAGGCGGGGGUCUUAAGAGCAUACAGGAGGAUCUCCAGACAGUCCGCGAGCAGGUCGAGGGUCUAGAAUCACACCUGCGGUCGCGCGAGCAGGUGCUUGAGGAGAUCCGGAGGGAGAUUGAGGACGAGAAGAGGUAA